UGGGCGAGUUUAUGGGCAAGGCGUGGCCAAAUCCGAAGUACCUAGAGUUUGAAGGGAACCGCGUGCUACUGCUGUUGCUGCCGAGUCUGUCGAGGCGGGGGUUACCAGUCGGUCAGAGGGGUAUCUAGUGUAACCGUGGGAACCGAAGACUGCGCGGGGUGGACAGGGGAGGAAAACCGGGGAAAGACACAUAGCCCUGCACACCUCAACCGGCGCAUGUAUCUGCGGGGUUGUCUUUAUUGCCAGGCUCACCUUAUCCAUAUCGGAUGGUGAAUGAAAACGAUCUGCGACCAGUAGCCUACGGAAACACUAACUGACUGACUGACGAAGAUGGAAAGUCAAAGCUGCCGCUGUAAGAUCGUGGUGGUCGGAGAUACGCAAUGUGGUAAAACGGCGCUUUUGCAUGUUUUUGCGAAGGACUGCUAUCCGGAGAACUAUGUCCCCACAGUCUUCGAAAACUACACAGCCAGUUUUGAAAUCGACAAACAGAGGAUUGAGUUGAACAUGUGGGACACAUCAGGUUCCUCGUAUUACGACAACGUUCGACCGUUGGCCUAUCCCGACUCGGACGCAGUGCUAAUCUGCUUCGACAUCAGUCGCCCAGAAACUCUGGAUAGUGUCCUUAAGAAGUGGCAGGGGGAGACGCAGGAGUUCUGUCCCAACGCCAAGGUGGUUCUGGUGGGCUGCAAGCUGGACAUGAGGACAGACGUGAGCACUCUGAGAGAGCUGUCCAAGCAGCGCCUGAUCCCCGUCACCCACGAACAGGGAAGUGGGCUGGCCCGUCAGAUAGGUGCGGUGGCCUACGUGGAGUGCACCUCCAAGGUGUCGGAGAACAGCGUACGGGACGUGUUUCACAUCACCACGCUGGCGUCAGUGCGGCGGCCUCACAAGCCUCAGCUGAAACGCAGCAGCUCCCGCAGGGGCCUGAAACGGGUGUCCCAGCUGCCCCUGCCGCCCCUCCCUAGUCGGACUGACAACCUGGACCCCGCCCCCGCCCUGAGGAAGGACCGGGCCAAGAGCUGUGUGCUCAUGUAGUGACCCAUCAAUAACACACACACACAUACAGUGGGGAGAACAAGUAUUUGAUACACGGCCGAUUUUGCAGGUUUUCCCACUUA